GGAAUGGAAGCAGUGAUCAGCCGAUCAGGACGGCCGGGCCCGGGGUCCCGAGUCGGUCUUUCCUUUUGGGCAUCCAGUCAGGAGAGAAACAGUCAGGAGAGACCUUGGAAUCCAACCGACAGUUCGAGACUCGGAAACUGCCAGUGUCUUUUUUGCCAAUGGAAUUCAAUUUUGAAAUGCAGUGGUGAACAAGCCACCACUACCUCCAAGUUACCUGCCUACACUGUAUAGCGCGUAAAUCACCGCAAGAUCCAGUACUAACCUAACAGGUCACUGAAAAGAUCUCGACCUCUGCUGAAAUGCAGGUCCCGUUCACACACUUGACUCUCCAAAAUGCACACUUGUCCUGCGCCGGCCCUCUUCUUCCGGGGUUCCGUAUUCAAACCGACUCCUGCCCGGGGCCGAUUAUUCGCCGCCAGGCGACAUGCCAAUGCUAGAUUAUUCUCACAGACGUGCCUGCGGCGUCAGUCGCCCAUUAGCGCCGACUUUACGCACGCCGUCAUAGGCGGCGGGGUCGUGGGCCUCGCCAUCGCCCAGCAACUCGCCCGGCGUGGCGGCAAAGCGGGUAGUAACUCGACAACGCUCCUAUUGGAGCGCCACAGCGCCGUAGGCACCGAGACGUCAAGCCGCAACAGCGAGGUGAUCCACGCUGGCAUCUACUACGGCGCCGGGUCGCUCAAGACGGAGCUGUGCAUCCGCGGCAAGGAGCAGCUGUACGCCCUCUGCGCGGCGCACGACAUCCCUCAUCGGCGGACGGGCAAGUGGAUCGUAGCGCAAAACGACGCGCAGCUCGCCGCGCUCCAGAAGAUCCACGAUUUUUGCGUCAACGAGAUCCACGUGCCCGUGCGCUGGGUCGGCCCGGAGGAGGCGGCGCGGCGGGAGCCGGCCGUGUGCGCGGAAAUGGCUAUCCUCGAGAGCCCCACCACGGGCAUCGUCGACAGCCACGCGCUGAUGCUCUGCCUGCUGGGGCGUUUCGAGGAUGCGGGCGGCACGCUCGCGCUGGGUAGCGCCGUCGAGGCCAUCACCCCGCUCGGCGACAACAACAACGGCAGCGCGGGAUGGCAGCUGACGGUGCGUGACGCCGACAGCGGCGAGGUGUCGACGGUGACGGCCGAGACGCUGAUCAACUCUGCCGGCUUGGGCGCCGUGGCCGUGCACAACUUGAUUGUGCCGCCCGAGCGGCGCAAGCAAGCCUUCUACGCCAAAGGGAAUUACUUUUCCUACGGAGCCUCGAGCCCGAGAGUGGGCACGUUGGUCUAUCCGGCGCCCGAACCGGGCCAUGGCGGCCUGGGCACGCACCUGACGCUGGAUCUGGCGGGCCGCAUCAGGUUCGGACCCGACGUUGAGUGGGUUGACUCGCCCGACGACCUGAGCGUCAACGAGGCGCGGCUGUCGCAGACGAUCGAGGAGGUCAAGAAGUAUCUCCCUGGGCUCGAUGAGACGCAGCUGCAACCGGACUACGCCGGGAUUCGACCGAAGCUUGGGAAGCAGGGGGCUGUUGCGCAUGGAAAGGGAUUCGUGGACUUCGUGAUCCAAAGGGAGGAGGAAUACCAAGGGUGGAUCAACCUGCUCAAUAUCGAGAGUCCUGGGCUCACGAGCUGUUUAGCUAUAGCGGAAAGGGUAGAAAAGCUUUUGUAUACAUGAAUGGUUAAUACAAGGGUUAUACGAUC